CCCCUCUCUUCUGAUUGGCCGCGUGAGCUGGGCUGAUCCGUGAAAUAGAGACUCUGGGGGCAAGAAGCAGCAACGGGCGCAGUUCACCCUUUUGUUGCAUCGGGAGGAGGUCGCUGCACGCUUCUGCAACCAUGGCACAGGCAGAGUUUGAAAAAGCUGCAGAAGAAGUCAAGAAGCUGAAGACCCAACCAACAGAUCAAGAAAUGUUGGAUAUCUACAGCCAUUACAAGCAGGCCACAGUUGGAGAUGUAAAUACAGACCGUCCUGGGAUGCUUGAUUUCAAAGGCAAGGCCAAGUGGGACGCCUGGAAUUCCUUGAAAGGAAUGUCCAAAGAAGAUGCAAUGAAAGCAUAUAUUAAAAAAGUGGAAGAGCUGAAGGAAAAAUAUGGAAUGCAAUAAACCCCUUUCCUGCAUGCCUUUAAAUGGAAUCAUGCCUUACCCUACUAACUUAAACUGUGUUACACAGUAUGGCAGUGCCAAGACUUGAUGCCACUUUCUAUAAUUAAUAGCUGUGUAAAUUUACUUCUAAUGGUUUGUAUAAUAAACACUAUCAAAUUCA